UGCGUUUGUUGGACGACAAGUGGACGAAAAACUUUGUGUGCGGUGGGAAAAAAGUUGUCGAUCGCGGCGGCGGCGGAGAUUUCAUGCUAACUGCUUACGUAACUGCUUACGUAAUGCGGGUGGUGGACCUGAGGACAUGGCACGCUGGACAGGCUCAGCCAAUUAGGCAGCAGCUCUGCGUGGAGCAUACGGAUUUCUAAGCCUGUGUGGUUGGAAACAUCGUCGUCAAUUGAGCCAUUUCCACUACAAAACCACAGCUUUGGCCCCAGGAAGCCCCGUGGUUGUGGGUGGUUUCUGCCUACGCGGUGGGAAUCGCAGCGGGCAAUCGCCUUGAAAGUUUUUUCUCUGUGUUUCUCCCCCCGAAGGCCUUUGAAAAUUUCCCACGCCAGAAGCCGCCAGAAGCAAAGCCAGAGGAACCACACUGUUUCAGAAGGAAGGGGCCUAUUUGCUGUUUAAGAGGUUGCUUUAGAGAGAACGAGAGAAGCAUGUUUCUAGCACACAGAAGCGUGACGAGAAGCGUGCGCUCCACCAGCGCAGUGGCGGGUGUUGCGCAGAAGAGAGGGAUAUUGAACAUCUUUCGUAAUGCGCUAGGUAUGGACCUGCCACCUUCAGAUGACGACCCAACGCCGGAGAACAGGUUCCAUCCGUGGGACUCAUCACCUUCUCCUGACCUGAGACAGAGGGCGGCAACCAUUAGAGCUCUGGCCAAGUGCCCAGUGACCGGGAAGGAGAUCAACUACACCUGUCCCUUGAGUGGAAUCCCAACGCAUCACUCUCGUGAGGCAUGGGAACAGGACAAGGAGUACCACGAGACGAAGAAAUGGGAGAUUUUGAAGAAAGUCAACAUCUACGAACAUGACCUGAGAUCUGGCAGACCGUUCCCAGAGUUCGAUUUCCCUCAGCAACAGGAGUCGGACGCCCAGGUGAACUUGUCAACAUGGGACUUGUACUUCUAUACACGUCAGUACUAUUCGAUGGACACCGAGUUCCAGCUCGCCGCAGUGACAAAGAUGCUGUCUUAUCCUAUAACAAUGGGCGCACUGCUCCAUCAGUUCUCACCGUAUCUGUUGUCCCCUAAGGGCCCCAUCACUCUUGAAGGUCUCAAAUCGCUUGCGGCGUUGAGAUAUUCCCUGUAUCCAUUCCAAAGAGCAGCCACGUUCAAAGACCGUCCUCUCAGAAUGUUCAUCAUCGGUGCAAGAGCGGAAGGUCAAUUGCCAGGUCACGUUUGGAAACAGUUCCAGUUCCUGUUCCCAGAGAUUGAAUUCGAGUUGCAUUUCAUCGGGCCAGAGGCGUUCUACGACCGUGAAAAGGGAACCUAUGUGUCAAGCUCUAGGCCAGUGGUUAAACGUGUCGACCCUUACUUAUCUAUGGUGUACCACACCGAUUACUUCCACGUGUUCCACGAGGCCCAAGAUUUCUUCCCUUACGAUCCUUACUUGGACUGUUUCUUCCUCUUCCAUCCAGGUUUGUCUUAUCCAGACGUUAAGGAACUUUGGAAAAAGACUAUGCCAGGUUUGUUGGAAUCCAAAUGUCCAGUCUUCAUCACCGGUUAUCACGAGCAAGAUUCUCAAAACGAUUGGAAUUGGCUUAUGGAGAACUUUGGCAAGGAUUUGGAUGUUCUCAUGGACAGAACAGACAACUUGUUCUCCUCAACUAAGUGGGAAUUGAACGAUUUGGAUCCUCAAGAGGUUUACAGAUUCAACCAAAAGAUCUUUGCAGUUAGAGGUAAGCGUUACCAUGCCAUUCAACAAUGAAAUGAACUUGAUUGAACCUUACAUAGGCCUUCUCUGAAUAUAAACCUUGUACAUAUUGUAUAUGAAAAAUUUAACCCUUCUCUCAGCUUUCUAAUGCCUUUUAGGAGUA